AUGAGAAGUAUUACCCUAGCGAGUGUUGUGAUCCUGACGAAUAAUGUGACGCUGAGGAGUGUUGUGACUCUGACAAGUAAUGUGAUCCUUACGAGUAUUGUGACUCGGACGAAAGUUGUGACACUGAGAAGAACUGUUUCUGAAGAGUGGUGUGACUGUCACGACACAUGUGGACCUGACGACUUUUGUAACAGUGAUAAGUGUUGUGACUCUGCCUAUUGGUUUGAUUCUGUCCAGUAUAGUGACACUUGCGUGUGCUGUGAUCUCAUCGACGGGUGUUGUGAUCUUUGCAAGUUUGUCUGACGAAUUUUGUGACUGUUACAAGAGUGGUGAACGCAGAAAGUGUUGUGAGUACAACGAGUGUUGUCACUCGGACAACUGUUUCGAAUCUAACGAAUGUUGUGACUCUGACCAGUUUUGUGACCCUGACGAGUGUUGUGAGCCGGACAGAUGUUGUGACUCUGCCAAGUGUUUUGACACUGAAGAGUGUUGUGACUCUGACGAGCGUUGUGACUGUGACGAGACUACUCAGGAUCAAAUAACUCGUCAGAGUGACAACACUCACCAGAGUCACAUUAUUCGUCAAGAUAACAAAACUCGUAAGGGUCACAUCUCUCGCCACAGUCACAACACUCACCAAGGUCACAACACUGGGCAGAGGCAACACUUGUCACAGGAACAUCGUUCGAGACUCUAUGUGACAACUGAAGGGAGUGUUGUAAGCAUAACGAGUUUGUUAUGGUGAGUGUUUUAAGCCGACAACUGUUGUGACUUUCACAAGUGGUUCGCCCCCAACGAGUGCUGCGGUUCUGACGAAUGUUCUUACCUGUGCCUUGGGUGUGACCAGAACGAGUGCUGUGAAUCUUUCGAGUCUAAUGACUCUGAGAAGGGUUUUCACCCUGUCGAUUGUUGUAACUCUUGCGAAUGUUUUGACUUUGACAAGAGUUGUGACUGACGAUUGGUUUGACCCUAACGGGUGUUGUGACUCUGUCGAGUGCUAUGAGACUGAUAAGUGUUUUCACUGUAACAAGUGAUGCACACUAGACGAGAUUUGUGAAUCUGAUGAGUGUUUUAACAUUGGUGAUCGUUGUGAAUAUAACAAGCGCUUAAUCUCUGAAGAGUUUUGUGACCCUGACUAGUGUUUCGACUGGCACAAGGUUUUGUUAGUCUUACUAGAGUUGUGCCUGUCACGGGUGUUGUGACCUUAAGCAUUCUUGUGAAUGUGAUGAGUGUUGUGACCACUGAGAAGUGUUGUGACUUUCACGAGAGUUGUGACCCUAAUUAGUGUUGUGAUACUGACAAGUGUUGAGAAGCUGACGGGUGUUGUGACUCUCUGACCAUCUUUGUUAUCCUGAAUUUCGGAAGUGUUGUGACCCGGACGAUUGCUGUGAUUCCGAUGAUUAUUGUGACCGUGACCAGUGUUGUGACUGUGACAAGUGCUGCGAAAAUGACGAAUAUUGUGACCCUGAUGAGUGUUGUGACCCUGAAUUGAGCUUUGACACUGACGAGAGAAGUGAACUUGCCAAGUGUUGUGCGUGUGACGAAUACUGUCACCGUAACUAGUGUUUUGACCCUAACGAUUGUUUUGACUCUGACAAGUAAUUUGACUGUGACGAGGUUUGUGACUUAGAAAAGUAGUGUAAGUCUCACGAAUUGUGUAACUCUGACGAGUGGUAUGACUCUGUUAAGCGUUGUGGCUGUGACGAGAGUUGUAACCCUGAGGAGUGUUGUGGCUCUGAUGAGUGUUGUGACUGUGAGGAGUGUUGUGACUAUGACGAGUAUUGUGACCCUAACGAGCAUUAUGACCUUGGCUAGUGCUGUGAUUGUGAAGAUUGGUCGUGACCCUGACGAGUGUUGUGACCCUAACGAGUGUUUUGAUCCAGACGAGUAUUUUGAGCCUGACGCAUGUUUUGACCCUGACGUUUGA